AUGUCGGAUACUUCAUCAUCACCAUCAUCACCAUCAUCAUUGAUUCAACUGCCUCAUUAUGUGUUGGCCAGGAUUGUGCACUAUAGCAUGGUGGAUCACUUUGUAGGUAUUAAAUGGAAGAUGACAAUGUUCUUGGUGUGCAAAGUGUUUGCUGAACACGCCUCUGCACAUCUGACCAGCAACGUUGGUGACAUGUUCCUCAAGUCUGACUUUGGAGUCCACCUGGCUAGCCCCAACUUUGCCUACCGCUACACAACGGCCUUUGUCGCCAGCCUCCAUAAUCUGCGUGCACUGUACGUCAAUCACCCAGAUGGCGAGCAACUGCUCGCCAAGAUGAUGUCGCAAACCACUCACUUUGCUGUGUACUCUGGCGCAUCUGAAAUCGACCCGUCUCACGAUAACAUGAUCCGUACAGUGUACCGUAUGAUCAGUGAGCGACCCUCGCUCAGCAACAUUUGUCUUCAGUCGUCGAUUGUGCAUCACUACCCUGCCCAGGACUUCCCGCUCCGACAUCUCACGAGCCUCAUCAUCAUGUUCCUUGGAGAAGUUGACGAGCAUAACAGUACAUUGUUGGGACUACUCAAGGAUACCGCGCCCACUUUGAAGAAGCUCUCCUUCCUCUCGGCCUUAAACACGCGACAAUCAUCAUACGUGCCACCAGGGCGCCGAGCAACCUCUGCUGUAUUCUUUGAGCGAGUGUUUGACAUCUUGGCCAAUGCGCGCUGUCGUUUGACUACACUCAAAAUCAAAAGAUUGUACCUUGGCGACCUUGGAUCAUUGCUCCGCGGACUGUCCACGCAGAAGCAUAUCGAGAAGCUCAAGGUGACCACUCUGGCAACUAAAAUCUACUCGCAGGCCGAGAUAGACAACUUCAACGCUGGCCUCAUCGCGUACCUCAAGACUCUUGACCAUCCCACCAUCCUCCACUUGCCAUUCAGUGUGCGACCUGAUCAUCUCGUGGCCAUCUCUGCCCAGCCAAGUAUCUUUUACUUGCAGGGAUCACUCAUGGAGGCAGCUCCAAACACACAACAUGCCGUAGUACUACCCAAGUUGCCGGACAACAUUCAAAAACUAUGGCUACAAUAUGAAACUACACCAGCAGCGUUCACAUCGUUCCUCAAGGCAAACACAGCGUCCAACCUGCUACAACUAUUCCUGUAUGAUCACCAUCGAUACCUCACGGCUCACGACAACUUUGAUCAGUUCCUCGACUUCCUUCGCGCCCACCAACGACUGUCCAGUCUAUUCAUUGGCGACUACAAGCAUCUCACGAACGAUCUGAAGGACAGGCUGAUCAACGUGGUGGUGGGCGAGACCAAGUUGGAAUCGAUUUUGAUUGGUAGAUCAAACCGUAGCGAAGGGCGCGAACAAGAUACAUCUGUGUCUGGUACUUAUAUGCGUGCUCAUCAGGACUUUGAUGGCCUACGAGAUAUAUUUGGAGUCCUGGCGAGGUAUCCACUAUCCAGCAUAGACAACAUCGAGUUUGAAGUCUCUGAUCACAAAAUGAUUGCACCGAUGAUGAAAGAGCGACAGAUGGACACUGGCGACUUUAUAGGUCAGUUUGUCUCAAGGACUUGCUCCUACAACUAUAUUCGUUUCAAACAACAAUUGAUUGAUUGA